AUGCUCCGAUUGGUGGAUUAUGCUGUGGUUGUUGGAUAUGAUUUCGAAAAGUCAGUUGGCGGUGAAAGUGAAGGGCAGGUCCUACAGAGAUUUCCUACAAACUGUUGGGAUGAUUACCCUUACAAUUUCAAAAUUGAAACGUUUUGUCAGCCAUGUGGUUGGUAUCUCAGCCGAAGUAAACCACCACCAACAUUCUUUGUCGCUUAUUUGACAGAUGUUGAUGGAAAUCCUUAUUUUGCCGCAUGUCUAAAUUUUCAUGAAGCUGUGUCUCCUAGUCAAUUAAUAAAUUUAAAAAUCCCCCAUCACACUCCUCACGGUAGAGUAAGACCUACAGGAAAUGCUUUCGGUAUUUAUUCUCAAAAUGGACCUAUUAAUAAUGGUUCAUUUGCUGUAAAUAAAAAUAAAACUUUCCUGUCUACUACAAAUUCUGUUUCUAAUGAUGAAAAGUAUCAAAUUGAUUCUUUAAUUCAUGUAACAAACGUAAAUAGCAAUGCUAGUUCACCUGUCAACUCACCAACUGGAUUCCAAGAUCAAGUAUUGAAUUACUCUGGUCUCAAGUCGAUUUAUAAUGAUACUGAUGAUCCAAAUUUAGUACGUCCACCGGAAUUUUAUGCGCCAAAAUGUUUAGUGUUCCUAGCUCGUCAUCAACAUUUCGACGUAUUGAAAAACAAUCUCAGCUUAUUGUAUACAGUGUUCGCUGAUUCACUACAUCAAUAUUCGAUAGAACAAAUGAUCGCAACUUUAUUGGGUGGCAUAGAAGUUCCACCAACUGGUGGUCCACGAAUCACAUUCAGUUUAGGGGUUGGUGAUCGACAGACAAUUCAACCUGCUCAUUGUAGUACUAUACCUGUGACACGGAAUUGUGUAGCUUUACUAUUUAAACACUUAGGCAUACAUAAUGUGAUUUUAUUAUUCACUGCAAUUUUAAGUGAUCAAAAAGUACUGGUUUGUUCACGUAGUUUAAAUCGGUUAACGGAGGCAUGUCAUGCAUUAACUUCUAUACUAUAUCCUUUAAAAUAUAGUCAUACAUACGUUCCUAUACUUCCUAAAUCAUUGAUUGAAUUUGUCAAUGCUCCAACUCCAUUUCUUUAUGGUAUUCAUUCAGGAUAUCAGCAUUUACUAUCUGAUAUGGUUGAUGUUUUUGUUGCGGAUCUUGAUGGAGGAAGUGUUGUGUGCCCGGAAAAUAUUCCUAUCCCUCAACUGCCUGAUCCAUAUUUCACUGAAGUUGUGGAAAAUUUAUUCCAGAUUUUAAGUCCAGAAUUAAUGACAGCUGAUUAUAUCUAUCCACUUGUUACAUCUAAUCAAUCAGGUGAUUUAAUUUCAUUGGAUAAACGAUUACGAGCUGUAUUCCUUCGUUUAUUUACAUCUUUAUUUGCUGGUUAUCGGUCGUGUUUAACAAUUACACGUAUUCAUCCUAAACCAGUGAUACAUUUCAAUCGAACAUUAUAUUUACUUCUACGUGGAAAUAGUGCACAUAAUGAAUUCUACGAUCGUUUAUUAUCUAGUAUGCGUUUUCAUCAAUUUAUAUUAGAACGUGGUCCACCAUUUCGUGUAUGUGAUAUAUUUGAUGAAGUAUAUGAAUCGAAUGUCGAUGAUCAUUUACUGUUCGAUAGUAAUAAUAACAGGACAUUGAAUAAUAGAGAUUAUGAAUAUGAUAUGUUCAGUAAUAAUAAUUCAUCACAAAUGAUCAAUAGAAAUACAGCCAAUUUCAGUUUAAUAGAACGACUAAGCACAAAACUAUUCGAUAAUGAAUGCGGUGAUCAACCAGCUACACAGAUUCUUCCUAAUGAAGCUAUUGAAGCUCACAAACGCAUACAUCAAACACCGUUUCCCGUUUUAGACGCUAAAUUAAUCGAUGAACUAACUGUUCAGUAUUCUCAAAAGAAAACUAAGAAUGUUGUUUAUCAUAAACCGGAACCACGUUUUGUACCACAAGGAUUACAAUUGGAUCGACAAAUAUUUAAAGCAGAAAUGUUUCCUGAUAAAUAUCGUGUAAUUCAUGAAUUUGUUGAUGAUAUUUUUAAUCAACAUAUUACAGAAGCUUUAAAGAGACGAAAUACAAUUCGUCAAGAUUUAAAGUCUAGACCAAUGAGACGCUUAUUCGUUGAUGAAUUACGUUCAUAUAUAAUCCCGGAAACACCAGUAUCACCAACUGUAGCUAUCAAUAACUUCCUUGGUAAUAUGACAAUCAAUAGAAGUACAUAUGAGAGACGAGCUGUCUUAACAUGGGAACAAUUUGAAUUGAUUGUUGACCUAUUAGAUGAAGCAUUAAGACAAGAGACACAAUCAAAAGACAGUGGAAUUACACCAAUUAUUAUGGAUAUAAGUACUAGACUUUGUACAGAAUUAGGUGAUGUUCGUUAUUAUGCUAAUAUGAGUCAUCAAAUUCAGCGUCAUGAAAUCUGGCGUAAUAUGCCAUUUUGGGAGAGUCUUUUUAAUGAACAAGUUAACAAUCAAAUUCGUUUGUUGUAUAUUGAUUUUUGUGAAGAAGAACGAAAAUCUUAUAAAUACCAACAAGGUAAUCAAUGUGAACAUUCGCAUACAAUCAAUUUAUCCAAUGGACACUCAUGGUCAUCAUCGUCAUCGUCACCAUCUGACAGUAGUACAAAACAAUCUGUUAAUUCGCCUGAGAAAAAUGAUAAAUCAUCUGUGAUAAUUGUUGGACGAAAAAAUAAUAAUAAUAAUAAUAACAAUCAAAAAUCGAAUAUUACAAUUCAACAACAAAGUUACACAUCAAAUAUGUCAGCAUUAGAAAUCGCUGCAGAAGAAAUGCGAAUUGGUCAUAUGCGUCCAAAAGAAGUACAACAACUAUUGGAAACACGUGAAGAAAGUACUGUCUAUUCUCAAAUUAUACACUUUGUUAAUUUAAUCAUUAAUUUUCGUAUACCAGUUCAUAUUGGUGCAGCAGUAGCUGAUAUAUACGGUGAAGAUACUCAAAAUAAUGAUGGAUUAAAAGAUGAUAUAAAUGGUAUGGUGUCAAAAACACCUGAUAGAAUAAUAUCCGAUAUUGAUAAUUAUAACAAUCAUAAAAAUAAUAAUACGAAUGAUCAUAAUUAUCAAAAACAAUAUACUGACAGUACUAAUUCAUUAAAUGAUAUACCAGUAACUAAUCAAAUUAAUCAUGCACUCAAAAUUAUUUCACAAACUGAAGGAUAUGUUAAAAACACUAGUCGAUAUUCUUCAGACAAUUAUUCUAAUCAUCUAUCAAAUUCAGAAGGAUUUUAUGGUCGUUAUAAUGCACAAAAUUAUGACAAACUAAAUCAAGCCACAUUGUUAAAUCAUAUCACUGUUUUAGAAAAUUGGUUAUUGAAAUUUGUGAAAAUUGUUGGCGAAGAAAACAAUCUUGUACGUAAACGAAUUACUGAAGUUGAGGGAAAAAUUAAAGCCAUCAUAGAAAGUCAUUUAAUCAAUUUACAAGAUAUUUACCCUAAGGUACAAAAUAUUCCACAUAUGAAAAAGCCUGAGAUCGCUAAUCCAGUCCUUCUACCUGGUGAAAUCGCUAUUCCAAUUGGUGGUUAUGAUUGUUUAUCAUGUCAGUUAUUGCCAGAUGGACGUUAUGAACGUAAUGAUUAUCAACUAUUGGAUCCAUUCAAUAAUAAUAUUAUUAAUCCUAAUAUCAAUAAUGGAGGUCAUGGUAACGACAGUAAUGACAAUAUCAAUGCUAAACAACAAGAUUCACUUGGAAACUUGGAUGCAAGUGAUUUAGACGUGGAUCUUAUGCUUAGACCAUUGCUACCUGCUCAAGGAGCGUUAUUUAUUACCAAUUAUCGUAUAAUAUUCACAGGUGUACCAAAAGAUCCAUUUCAGUCUAAUAAAGUGAUCAAUCGAAGUUUUCCUAUAUCUGCAUUGAAUACUAUCAAAAAGCUUGGUUGUGUUCAAAUGGUUACUGCUUUUCAAUCAUCAUCAGCCAAUCCUACUUCAUUAACAACAAUAACAUCUGGUUUUCGUUCAGCAACAUUAUUUGUUGGUAAAAAGUCUAAAUCAAACACAGUGUUUGGUAAAAAUACUUCAUCAAGAUAUCUGUCGACAUCAUUACGUCCAACGUAUUCAGCGACUACAAAUCGUCAUGGUGUGGUUUAUCGUACUGAAAAUCUGGAUGUUCUUUUACUACGUGCAUUAACUUUUCAAAUGCUUAAAAUUGGAUUUGAUGUUGGUGAAAUACAACCGGAAACGAGAGAUGAAUUACGUAGUCUGCUGGAGGAAUUGCGUUAUCCCUCAAUGAUGUGCAUGGGAUUUAACUCAGCCCCAUUAGGUUUGCUAUUCUCGCGACCUACGAAUACAGUGGGUAAUCGUACUACACUUACAGAUCUAAAUAAUAAUACUGGUAGUAAUACAAAAGACUAUAUUUUACCAAAUAUGGUUCGUAUGAGGCAUUUGAAAGGUAAAACGCAUAGAAGCAAUAUGUUAACAGAUGCAAAUUAUUCUUCAAUGACGAAUGGGGAUCGCAGGCGUACACAUAAUAACCAGCAAUUUGUUAACUCAGACAAUAAAACUUUGUUAUAUCAAUCGUCUUUGCGUUCUCCUAAGAACCAUCGCUUUAGUCAACUGAAUUGUAUGCUACCUGCUGCUUUUCAAAAUACUGUUUAUCCUGAAGAAGCAGCCGCUAAUUUAGCUGCUACGUUAAAAGCUUUUCUAGUACCUCCGUGUGUAUCUGCAUCAUCGACAGCUUCUACAGCUGUUGACCCAAAUUUUAUAAGACUAUUAACACAAUCUGCAGGCUAUUUGGACAUGGCACGUUUCGGAAGUAAUUUAAAUCCUGGAAGCACUACCAGUGCUACAGUAUUAACUGCAACAACACCGUCCAAUAAUCUUUCGGUUGGAUUGAAUGAAAGCGGUAGUGGUUCUUUGAAUCGUUCUUCUGUCGGUGCUGGAAGUAAUAAUGGAGAUGGUGGUAGUCGAGGAUAUUGUGGUGCUCGUCUUGUUGCAUUCAAUGUUCAUCAUACUUUAGUGAAAUCUUAUCCAAGUUUUCUCAUCAUACCACAGGGUAUCACUCAAAAUUGUUUAGCUAAAGUAGCUCGUUCACAUAGACGUGGUCGUUUUCCAGUAGUCACAUGGCAACAUCCUGAAACUAAAGCUUAUCUAUUACGUGGAAGUGAAAUACAAUCAAAUGUAAUUUUGAAUACUUUCAAAAAUAUUAAAUCCUCAUCUAAAAAUAACCCUGGAGAUUGUGACGAUAAUGCUGAUUCUACACUUUCGCACGCGACAGUUUCUAAAGAACAUAUACGUUAUAUUCGUGCACUAAUCGAUAUGUCCUUAUCAGCUUUUAAUAGUAGUCGACCAAGUAGUGUUAUCACUUCAGAAACUGGUUAUUCAGCGACAGAUGAUUUGUCAAAUUCAUCUCAGCCACCUACUGUUGCUUCCCCUAAAAUUCCAUCAACAGAUCAUUUAUCAAAAGAGUUCAAACCAGUUAUCAAUAAACCUAGUCCGGUUGUUUCACAUGUGACUAAUAACAGAACAAAAUCUUUAGGAAGAAUUGGAAAAUUUGCUGCGCGUCGUAAUCGUUUAACACGUUCUGGUGUUUCACCUAUGGGUAGUGUAGCAUCUGGAUUAGAUGAAGAUUUACUUAGUAUGGAUAGUGCAUCACAAACUAAUCAGCAUCAUGCACGUCAGUCAAUACAUGAGUCAAGUUAUCCUGGUAGUAGUAGUGGUAUAUCCAAUUCACAAAAACCAAUAUGUUUAUACGUUUUAUGUGAAAAGCAAAUGACAAAGAUGUCAAAAAUAUUUAAUUCAUCAUCUGUUCUUUUAUCACCAAUUGACUAUCCAACUACAGCAACAGUGACUAAAUCUUUUAAAGGAUUUUUUAAAGCUUGCCUUCCAAAUGAUUCGAAUCGAUCGAAAACAGCUACAAAACUUUUAUCUGCAGCAGCGUCUACAGCUACUGGUGUUUCAUUUGAUCAUACUACUACUACUAAUAAUAAUAUUGGUAAUAAUAGUCAUCAUCAUCGUGGAAUUAAUGCAACACUAGGCGGUCAUUUCAUACGUCAUCAAAAUGAACCUUAUUCUUUUCAUGAUAAUACUAGUAAUAGUAAUGUUAAUGCAGGUGAAACUAUAGAGACGGAAAAUAUUACAACAUCUACUAUACCAGAAGCAAAUAAUUCUAAAUAUAUGAAUGUUUUCACUGAAGCACAUGAGAAUGGUUGGUUUUUACAAUUGAAAUCAUUAUUGGAAUUAGCUGGAACAGUGGUAGAUUUGUUAGAUUUACAAGGUGCUAGUGUAGCAUUAUGUUUAGAAAAUGGCAGUGAUGUUGUUGCACAAACUGUAUCAUUAGUACAAAUUAUGCUUGAUCCAUAUUAUCGUACAAUUUAUGGUUUUUGGAGUUUAAUUGAUAAAGAAUGGUUAAUAUUUGGGCAUACAUUUAAUUUGAAUUCAAAUCAAACAAUAUUUAAUAAAACAAAUCAUUUUUCACCAAUAUUUUUACAAUUUUUAGAUGCUGUACAUCAAUUAUUAAAACAAUUUCCAUUAUCAUUUGAAUUUAAUGAUUAUUAUUUACAAUUUAUUGCAUAUCAUUAUAUAUCAAAUCGUUUUCAUAAUUUUAAAUAUGAUACAGAAUUAGAUAGAUUUACAAUAUGGUUUCCUAAAUUAAUUGAUAGUUUAAUAAAUAAUUAUAAAUAUGGUACAAGUAUUAUAUCAAAUAUAGAUGAACAUUUAUUAGAAUUAUAUUAUUCACAUUCUAUAUGGCCAUUUAUUCAACAACAACAUUAUGAAUGGCCUAUAUUUUUUAAUUUUCAUUAUUCACUUACACUUAGUGAAAAGGUCCUUAGACCAGCAACAUAUUUAGCUUCAUUUGAUUUAUGGAAAUUUUAUUUAACUGAAGAUUUGGCUUGUGGUUCAAUCUAUGAUUUAGAUCAUUUCUCACCUAGUUAUCGUAAAAAUACUAAUCGUCCAUAUGAACCGGUUUUACGACAAGGAUUUAACAAUAGUCAUAUUGAGCAAACAUAUGCUGUUUUAGGAUUACGUGAAGGAGAAGAAGCUGUUGGUUGGCAAGAAGCAUGGGAACAAGCACAAUCUGAACUGCUUAACUUAUAUCCAUCAAAUCCACAUAAACAUUUAACAACAAAACAUAAUAAAUCAACUGUAAAUAUUCAGUCAACUUCGAAUAUUCCACGAUCUGUUGUAGAUACUUCUACUUCUACCACUACUACUACUACUAAUACUAUAAGUAGUAGUAAUACUGAUAGCAAAAUAAACACUCAUGUUAAAAUAGUUCAUCAUUCCGAUCAAUUACCAUCACGUUGUACACCAUAUAGAGAAAGCAGUGAACCAAUUGAGAGUUUAUCACAUAAUAAAUUGGUCACAUCUGAUUUUUCAAUGUCUAGACGACGUGCUGUAUCUAGUGGUUUAUUAGAUACUAAUCAAACGAAUAAUGUAUUGCUUUCAUCCUUGACCACUACAUCUUCAUCAACAACUUAUCCGCUAACCAAUGAAUUAACUCAAACAUUAACACCACAUGGAGAAAGUAGUGCUAGUAUUGAUUUGGAUAGUACAUUUGUAAAUUGCCCCGAAAUGAUUACUACCAGUUCGAUCCCAGUAUCUGAACAACAUUCAAAUGAAACAACUCAAUCACAUGUCGUUAUUGUUAAAGAUCCUACCAUGAAAGAUAAUCCUGAAAGUCAACUGAGUACUGACAUGAACCCACCAUCUACAAAUAAUACAACUAUAACAGUACGAACAAUACAAGAUUUUAAUCAUUCAAAAACUAGAGAAAUGUUAAAAUCCAAUGAUGGUCGAACAAUAAAUGGAAUUGAAACGAAACAUCCACGUACUACUAACAAUACUACUGAUAGUAAUCUCAGUGUUUUAAAAACAAAUUAUAAUGGUGAUAACAUACCGAAAUCUGAACAAACUUCAGAAGAUGAAGCAUUUCAUGAAGAUAAUGAUUAUAUUUAUGGUGAUCGAUAUGAUUCAGUUGGUGAAUCCUCACUAGAUGAUUAUCAUUUUACACGUCAUGCUAUACUAGAAUAUCACCGAACAACUACUUUGAAGCGUUUAACUCGUCGUACUGCAGGUGGAAUUGGCAUCGGUGGUAAUAUUGGUGUUGAGAGUAAUGUAGGGCUGUCAUCAAAUGGUCAAAGUCACCAUCAAUUGAUACCUGAUUACUCAUCAUUGGAUACUGAUUUAAGUACUGGAUAUCGAGAUCUGACGAUUGAAUAUGAAUCAGAUAGUGUAAAUAGCCUUACUGGUACUGGCGGUGGUCUUGGCAGUACCAUAUUACAUGAUACAGCUAGAAUUGAUGGAUUCGAUAUCAACGCCCCUGUACAAGAUGAACUUCAGCAUCAUCUGCAUAAAUUUACUUCAUCUCGAAUAACUAACAAUACAAAUGUACAAUGUGAAUUAUGCCGGAACAUUUGUCAAUCAUCAGAUGAUAUUGUUAAAUGUAUUGAAUGUGAUCUAUUGUGUCAUACAAAAUGCUCGUCAUCUAUAAAUUCGAAAUGUUUUCAUUCAUCUGUAACCAAUACUUUGAAUCAAAUAAAUAAAACAGGGAAUUUACUGAAAAGACAUGGUUCUGCAUAUCUUCCAAAUGAAGUAGACAAUGGAAAAUUAAAGCAGUCUAAUGAUACAGAAAAAUCUUCUUUAACUUUUGGUGUACCUGGUGCUGGUGGUAGUUUGUUCAAUUCAACUUUACCCUGGCGUACUGAACGAGAUCAACCAUUCAGAUCUUCUUUAGUUUUAAUACAUGACAAACGUGGAAAACGUAAACUAAGUGAAAGUUCUUCAUCAUUAGCACAUACUAACACAUCUGAUUGUCAAUCACAAAGUGGUCAUAGUCUAUCCGGUGGUGGUACUACUACUAUUGAACAUCAUCUACCGGAACAUUUAGCUUCAGCAUCAUAUUAUGGUUAUUUAUAUAAAUUAGGUCAUCGUAAAUUUUUACAACAAUGGAAACAACGUUUAUUCGCUUUAGAUACAAAUCGGCAUCAAUUAAAAUAUUAUGAAAGUUAUGCUAAUGCUUCACCUCGUGGUUGUAUUGAUUUACAAGAUGUUAGAACAGUGAGAAUUAUUAAAAAUUUUGCAAUUCAACGAAAAUCACCUGCAUUUGUUGUAUUUGAACUUGAAACCAAUAAUCGAACAUACAAACUCGGUGCUAUCAAUCAAGAGAGUGCUAUGCAAUGGAUUGAACGUAUACAAAAAACUAUUCAAUAA